AUGCCGUCCACAACCCUCGACCGGUCCGAGUUCGACUCGAUACCCGACACCAUCAAAGCCUUCCGCGACGGCCAGUUCAUAGUAGUCCUCGACGACCCGGGCCGCGAAAACGAGGCCGACCUGAUCAUUGCCGCCCAGGACAUCACGACGGAGCAGAUGGCCUUCCUGGUGCGCCACAGCUCGGGCUACGUGUGCGCGCCGCUCGUGCCCGACCUCACGGCGCGCCUCGACCUCCCCCAGAUGGUCGCCGACAACGAGGACCCCCGCGCCACCGCCUACACCCUGACCGUCGACUCGGCCGACCCCUCCGUCACCACCGGCAUCAGCGCCCGCGACAGGGCCCUGACCUGCCGCGCCCUCGCCGACCCGGCCUCCACCCCGGCCUCCUUCCGCAGGCCGGGCCACAUCCUGCCGCUGCGCGCCCGCCCGGGCGGCGUCAGGCAGCGGAGGGGCCACACCGAGGCCGCCACCGAGUUCUGCCGCCUGGCGGGCAAGGCCCCCGCGGGCGUCAUCUGCGAGCUGGUCGACGACGGCGAGGAGGUCGAGGGGCAGGCUAUAUUCAGGGAGCCGGGCAUGCUGAGGGGCGAGAAGUGUAUCGCCUUCGCCAGGAGGUGGGGGCUCAAGGUGUGCACCAUCGAGGACCUGGUCAACUACGUGGAGAAGACGGAGGGGGUUCUGGAGCUGAACGGGUCGCAGUAA